CCGUGACUCGUUUUGUGUGCCUCCGCCGUGCUGCUUCACGACGAAAAGGAGCAUAAGCAAGACUCUGCAGCCGUAACAAUGCAGAGUCGGUUGUUAAUUUAUAAUUAGAAAUUUGAAGAAAUGGGAUUUAAUAAGACUUUUCCAAGAUACCAAAAAUCAAGAAUUAAGUCAGUGCCAAUUUCAACAAAAAGAAAGUUAUGGUUUCAGGCUCUGGUUUCUUCUUGUCAGAGAUUUUCACAAAAUUCAAAAAGAAUAGAAAAUGGCAGUGUGUCAUUAGAUAAUAUAUAUAAAGAAUGUGGUGGGAGCAAUAUAAUCCAAGAAGAGAAGUUGGUUUGUGAUAUAAAAUCAGAAAUGCCACACAAAUUUCUUGAUUCUGAAGAUAUAUCUACAUUAUUACCUGUAAAUAGAAAUUCCAUUAUCAGUGAAGAUGAUGAUAUGCAUUCUAACAGCAAUAAAAACAAAAGAAAUCUUAAAGAAGAUUCCAAUAUUCAAAGACAGUGUAGUUCAUCUAGCAAAUUGAAUAAACAAAAGCAAAAAUCUUCAAUUAUGAAAUUAGAUAAAAGUAAUAGAAAAAAAUUUAAAAAAGAUAAAGUGAUUUCUGAAUUUCUAAAUAAAAACAAAGAAUCAUUUAAUGAUUGUAUUGAAUAUAAUGAAGAUUUCAUAAAAGUAGUUCAUUGCAAUAAUACUACAGAUUUGAAGUGCCCAUUGAACUUUAGUUCUUCUGAAAGCGAUAGUAGUGAUAAUGAAAGUUCACCAUUUUUAAAUAAUUUGAAAUCUUUUAAAAGAAAUCAACUAAAUUCAAAUACAGAUGAGUGUGAAGAGAAUGAAGUAAAUUUAUAUUAUACAAUAAGUGAUGAAAGCUAUCUUAGUGAUGAUGAAAUUAAUACUUAUGAUGAUGACUUAAGAAAAGCAAAAAAAGUACAAACUAUAACAGAAGAUUUAAAAUUGAGAAAGAAAGAUAAUAUAAUGAGUUUCCAUAUUAAAAGAACUAAUCAAAUUAUUUUGGUGUUGCAUCAUCCUGCAGAAAUUGUUUUGAAAGGUAUAUUAGAAGUUCAGUCACUAAAAGAUUCUGUUACAAUAUUUGGAUAUAAAUUAGAUUCAACUAAAUCUCCAAUUUGUGUAUUCUCAUCCAAGACCUUUAAAUUUUUUUCAAUGUGUACUAAUCAUCCCUCAUCAAAUUCAGAUUGGGAAACAGAUCUUGUUAAAAAAUUGGAAGAAAUACAAACAGAUCUGUUUGCAAUAAUGAAGCCUUCCCUUUCGGAAGAUUCUAUAGUAGUUUUGCUAUCACCUAAAGAAUUUAAACAAAUAGAAUACACAAAGUUAUUAGGUAUUCAAAAUUUUCCUUCAGUAUCAGAAAAUUAUGUCCAAGAUAGACCAAAGAUUUGCAAAUUUAAAAUCAAUAAUUAUCAUCAUCAUUUAUCAAAGAUAAUAGAUAAUGCAAUGAAUUUAUCAGGUAAUGAAAUAAAUAAAGCACCAAAAAUUCUGAUUUGUGGAGGAAAAAAUUCUGGUAAAUCAACAAUGUUACGUUAUCUAAUAAAUAAUGCACUUAAUAACUGUUCAAAAUGUUUUCAUUUGGAAGGUGAUGUGGGUCAGACUGAAUUUACUCCUCCUGGAUGUAUUGCAUUAACUUGUGUAAAUUCACCUAUAUUUGGUCCUCCAUUUACGCAUUUGAAAACUCCAGAAAUAAUGCAUUUUAUAGGUGGUGUCACUGUUAAUAUUCCUGAUGAUUAUAUAAGUGCACUUUCUAAUUUUUAUAAAAACUAUGAAGAAAUGUUUUCUGAAUACCCAUUAUUUAUCAAUACCAUGGGUUGGACCAAAGAUGUAGGAAUAGCUCUUCUUAUUGAUAUUAUCCAUAUUACUCAGCCAACACACAUAAUUCAGUUAUAUCUUGAAAACAAAGAAUUAAACUAUCCUACAUUAACUGCAGAUUAUGUAUUUAAAACAGAUGGAUGGAAAUAUACAAAGUCAGUGAAGUCGUCAUUAAAUUAUUUAUUAAUAGAAAUACCAUCACCAUCAAGUGCAAAACAAAAUGUUAUAGCACCAAAGUAUAGAUCAUUAGCUAUGCUGUCAUAUUUAGGCCAGUUACAGAUGAACUUUACAAUGAAAAUUGAACCUAUUAAUUCAUUCAGACCAUAUGUUAUAUCUUGGUCAGCUAUUUCACUCUAUGUCUGUAAUGAUUAUGCACCAAAAAAUCAUAUUCUUUAUGCUUUUAAUGGUAGUUGGGUAGCUUUGUGUACAGUCAUUGAUCCAGAGUUUUAUGAAACUGAAUUUUCAUUUAAAAUUUUGAAGCAUGCUCAUAACAAUAUAUGCCAUGGAUUUGGUAUUGUAAGAGGAAUAGAUCCUAAAAGGAAACUAUUUUAUAUAAUAACUCCUGAGCCCAUAGAAUCAUUGUAUACAGUAAAUGCAUUAUUAAAAGGACAUAUUAACUUACCAGAAAAAUUAUUUAAAUCCCAAAAUGGAAAUGAUAUUCCUUAUGUGAAUCAAGAUAUUGAAAUAGAUGUAUAAUAUGAAGGCAUAUAUUGUACAGAAAGAAAACUCAAUUUAUUUAUUCUGUACGAAUUAAAAAAUUGAAUUUGUAAAUUAUGAUGAAAAUAUCAGCAAUG